AUGAUUGAAUCAGUUUUGUUUCAGGUCAAGGCAAGGAAACCAUUAAUAGUUAAAAAAAUAUACAACCCUCCAACUGAACCUCUGUAUGCUACAUCAACGUACACUGAAGACUACCGUACAGGAGACAAAUGGGUUAAACCAGUUGACUCUUUUAAGCCCCAAUUCACCUACAAGUUACCAAGUCCACCAUUCUCUGACAAGACUUGUCACAGAAAAGAUUAUGUAGCCUGGGAUAAGGAGAAUGUUGCCGCUCUCCGUUCCUCUCCCAUCAGACCACGCUUAGCUUCCACGUCUUUAGGUGAAGAAACAGGAUUUCCUGGAAUUUCUUCGUAUAUGUCUGACUACAAGUUUCCAUUUAACACUGAGCAAUUAUUGCCGUUCAAACCUCGAGAAGAAUAUAUUCCGCCUAGUGGUCCCUUUUGUGGUUUGACUACAUACAAGCAAGACUUCAUAGCUAAGGAGAUGAAGAAGCCACUUCUCAUACAAGAAUCAAAGAAAGCAUGGCCACAACCUCAUCCUUUCCAAGGUGUUAGCGUUACACAUCAGGAUUACCAAACCUAUGCAAAUGGACGGCCAGCAAGCAAUUGUAAACCACUUUUAAAGUAUGAACCACCAGUAGGCAAUCUUGAAAGCAAGACAAUUCACAGACAACACUUUGUCGAGUGGGAGCUUCCAUUCCGUCAGAAUCUUCCUUGGGCAGCACGUCCAACUUAUCGACCACCUAAUGUACCCAUGGAGAAAAACACCCUUUACCAAGAUUCGUUUCACUUCCCAAAACCACCAAUAUCAACAAAACCUGUAAAACCAAAGAACUACAAAAUCUGUGAAAGGAGAACUCUGUUUGACAGGCCAGUCAAACAGAGUUGUCCUUUCACAGACUUUGUAGUUGUAACAAAACAGAAGGUUAACAAACAGAGUUGUCCUUUCACAGACUUUGUAGUUGUAACAAAACAGAAGAGAAGUACUACUAUCUUUAGGGAGCACUGGUCAAUGGCCGAUGACACCUGCUACCACUCAGAUUACCAGCCAUGGAAAAUGGUGGCUCCCCCUACUUCCUGUAAGAUUGUAAAAGUUUACCAACCCCCUAAAGAAACGUUCCAUACAGAGACAACUUCCAAUAGUUAUUAUAAAGGUGAAUACGGGCCUCGUGCAGAUCUCGUGAAACCCCCGAUAUCCACCCAUGCAUAUGGGGCACAGUUUGACGGUAGAACUGUUUACAGGGACUCGUUCAAAGGACCGAAACAAGUUUAUUGCCCUGCUUACAAAAUUAAUAAUAUUUCUAACAAGGAAGACUCACCUUUUACUCACGUCAAAUCUGCAGGUGGUCACCAGUUCUAUGCAAAAAAAGAAGUCUAA